AUGGUGGAAGGUUAUGAGAUGACCCUGGAUCCUCGAGAAUUCCAUAUAUAUGGUCUACUAAACCCAUAUGAGUACACAGACUUGGAUAAUAUCCAACCAACGCUGACUCCACAUAGUUGCAAUACUAUAAACAAGAGGUAAGCAAGUUUUGAAAUAUUUUUUCGGCAUGGCAAAAGCGAAUGAAGCCUUAAAAUUUUCAUUUGUAAAGCAAUUGCAGAAAUUCCUCCGCAUAUGCCUUAUUCUUUAAAGAGCAGCAAGCCUCCGUUCGGAAAGAAUACCCCAAAGCCACAUUCGGUGAAGUCUCAAAGAUAAUCGCUGUCAAGUGGGAAAGUUUGAGCGAUCCACAAAAGAAGGUAAGGAAGAAAAAGGCGAGUGCGGAUUUCGUAUGAAACUGUGAAAUUAGCCAUUCUGGACAACGCUUAUCCAUAUCAAAUUGCAGAUGUACCGUGAUGAGAUCAAAGACAAGAAAAAGAAGCAGCUCCUAGAGAAGGCGAUGGAAAAAGCUCUUGGAUUAUGUAGAAAUUCAUUUUAA